GGAGCAGCUGCGCGAUGCGCCCACGCUGCUGUGGCUCGGGCCGCGCCUGGGGCUGGACACGGAGCUGGGCAUGGAGCUGCUCUGCCUGCUGGGCCUGCUGGCCUCCUUCGGCGCCCUCGUGUGCGACCGCCUGCGCGACGCCCUCGUCUUCCUGCUGCUCUGGGUGCUGUACCUCUCGCUCUACCAGGUGGGGCAGGUGUUCCUGUACUUCCAGUGGGACAGCCUGCUCCUGGAGACGGGCUUCCUGGCCGUGCUGGUGGCUCCGCUGCACCUGCUGAAGUGGCGCAGCACGGCCUGGCGCCCCCACGACGGGCUCCCGUUCUGGCUGAUGCGCUGGCUGCUCUUCCGGCUCAUGUUCGCCUCGGGCGUGGUGAAGCUGACCAGCCGCUGCCCCACCUGGUGGGGGCUCACAGCCCUGACCUACCACUACGAGACGCAGUGCAUCCCCACACCGGCUGCCUGGUAUGCCCACCAGCUGCCCAUCUGGUUCCAGAAGCUCAGUGUCGUGGCCACCUACGUCAUCGAGAUCGCGGUGCCGCCCCUCUUCUUCGCGCCCAUCCGCCGCCUCCGCCUCUUCGCCUUCUACUGCCAGGUCUUGCUGCAGGUGCUGAUCAUCCUCACGGGCAACUACAACUUCUUCAACCUGCUCACCAUCGUCCUGGCCUUCUCACUGCUGGACGAUGAACACGUGGGGCUGUGGCUGGGGCGCAGCCGCAAGAGGCACAGCACCGCCUGGCCGCCAAGCCUGUCCUCCUUCUUCUCCGGGCUGGUGGAGCUCGCCGUCUACGGGCUGCUGCUCUACGGGACUGUCCUGUACUUCGGCCUGGGCAUCAACUGGGAGAAGCAGCACGUUGAAUCCAAGAUCGCUUUCACCUACCAUGAGUUCAUGCAGUGGUUGAAGACUGUGAUGUUGCCUCUCAUUGGGCUGGGGCUGCUCUCCUUGGGCUGGGAGAUCCUCUUGUCCAUGUACCGGUGUGCCUGCAUCCGGGGCUUCCUGUGGAAGGUGUGGGCUGCGCUGCAGUGGGCCGUCUUCACCACCACCACGCUGGGGAUGUUUAGCCUCUCUCUGGUACCAUUCACCUACAUCGAGCAUGAGUCAAAUGGGAAGCUGUGGCCAGCUGUGCACCAGCUGUUCGGUGCCGUGGACCGCUACCAGCUGGCCAACUCGUACGGGCUCUUCCGGCGCAUGACGGGGGUGGGAGGCCGUCCCGAGGUGGUGCUGGAAGGCAGCUACGACAGGGAGCACUGGACGGAGAUCGAGUUCAUGUACAAGCCAGGGAACAUCAGCGCGGCGCCGCCCCUGGUGGCCCCCCACCAGCCCCGCCUGGACUGGCAGAUGUGGUUUGCAGCCCUGGGGCCCCACACCCACAGCCCCUGGUUCACCAGCUUCGUGCACCGCCUGCUGCAGGGCAAGGAGGAAGUGAUCCGCCUGAUCCAGGUGGACAAGUCCAACUACCCGUUCAGCGCGCAGCCGCCCACCUACGUCCGAGCCCAGCUCUACAAGUACUGGUUCACAGAGAGCUCCAGCAAGGGGGAGCCCCCGCGGCAGUGGUGGCGGCGGCAGCACGUGGAGCAGUUCUACCCCACUGUGUCCCUGGGGGACCCCACGCUGGACGCCCUGCUCAGCCAGCACGGGCUCAAGGACAAGGCUCCCCUGAAGCGCCCGGCGGAGGCCGCCCUGCCGCGGCUCCUGCAGUUCGUGCGCGAGCUGAGCCGCCCCUACGCGGCCCCCACCCUG